GGCUGAGCCCGGCGCGCCGAGCUGUGCCCGACCCCUCCGCAGAUGCUCCCUGCCUGGCACGUGGAGCCACCGGGGGCCCUCGCCGCGGCCGGACAACGCGGAUGGAAAGCUGCAGCCCAGCAGGGAGCCUCGCUGGCCGGCUGACGCCCUCCCGCGCCCUAUGCCCGCGCCCUAUGCCGGAGCGGGCGCCGUCCCCGGCUCAGCCACCCGACGACCAUGAAGUGCUCGUUGCGCUUCUGCUUCCUCUCGACCGCCUUCCUGCUCGUCUUCGUCAUGUCCCUCCUCUUCACCUACUCCCACCACAGCAUCGCCUACCUGGACCCCGGCGGGCUGGGCGGCAUCCACCGGGUGAAGCUGGUGCCCGGCUACGCGGGGAUGCAGCGGCUCAGCAAAGGGGGGCUGUACCCCCGGGGCUGCUCCUGCCGCCGCUGCCCGGCCGAGGAGCCCGGGGCCAGCGACUGGUUUGAUGGGCGCUAUGACGGCACCGUGUCCCCAGUGUGGACCAAGGAGAACAUGGACCUGCCGCCCGACGUCCAGAGGUGGUGGAUGAUGCUGCAGCCCCAGUUCAAGUCCCACAACACGCACGAGGUCCUGAGCAAGCUCUUCCAGAUCGUGCCGGGCGAGGAUCCCUACCGCUCCCGUGACCCACGUCGCUGCCGCCGCUGCGCCGUGGUUGGCAACUCAGGCAACCUCCGCGGCUCUGGCUACGGACCAGAAAUCGACGGGCACGACUUUGUGAUGCGGAUGAACCAGGCUCCCACAGUGGGCUUUGAGGGCGAUGUGGGUGGUCGGACCACACACCACUUCAUGUAUCCCGAGAGUGCCAAGAACCUGCCCGCCAACGUCAGCUUUGUGCUCGUGCCCUUCAAAACCCUGGACCUGCUCUGGAUCGCCAGUGCCCUCUCCACCGGCCAGAUCAGGUUCACAUACGCACCUGUGAAGCCUUUUCUGCGUGUGGACAAAGAAAAGGUGCAGAUCUACAAUCCUGCCUUCUUCAAGUACAUCCACGACCGCUGGACGGAACACCACGGGCGCUACCCCUCCACUGGCAUGCUGGUGCUCUUCUUUGCCCUCCAUGUCUGCGAUGAGGUGAAUGUCUUUGGGUUCGGUGCUGACAGCCGGGGGAACUGGCACCACUACUGGGAGAACAACCGCUACGCCGGGGAGUUCAGGAAGACGGGGGUGCACGACGCCGACUUCGAGGCACACAUCAUCGACAUGCUGGCCAAAACCAGCAAGAUCGAGGUUUACCGGGGAAACUGAGGGCUGAGUCUCUGGCUCCCUGCUCCAGCAGGUCCUGCUGCCUGCAGGGGCAGAGGGUGAGGAUCUCCCUGGCCGCCUCAGGCAAUGAGCACGGAUGGGCAGCGCAGUUCUGUGUUGCUGACAGAGCCACCGCGGUGGUAUUUGGUGCCUCCAGCAGCCAAUCAGGUUCAGAGCUAAAGGAGACUUUUUGCUUUUUUUUUUAAUUAUUAUUAUUAUUAAGAAACCCAGCUGAGAAAGGAUUUAUAAACACAAUCAGUGACUGACCAGGGGCGGGGGUGGCCGCCUUGCAUCUCUCUACAGUCAAACCAAAUGCUGCUCUUUUUAAAACAAGACAACCCCCCCGCCCCGAAGCCGCGUGACUUUGGGGAACCCCUCGAGCAUCACAUCCAGGCUGAGGGGGCUGAGGGAGCUGUGGCGGCUGCGCAGCCUCACCAGUGGAACCAGCUGCUUCUUUUUUCCUUUAUUUUGGUGUUUUUCUUUUACCCUCUGGGGCAGCCAAUGCCGUCGUUUCUCCAAGGAAGGCUCCCGGCACAGAGGCAGGUCCCAGCACAUGGAUCCAUGGUGGGAAGCCAGAAGUUUCAGGGAGCCGAGCAUUGCUGAUGCUCUGCUGCAGGCUGGCAACUGCUGGCACAGCUGGGCAGGGAGAUGAAGAGGAAUCUCGACUUCGUGGUGCAGCAUCCCUGCUCUUCUACCUGAGGAUGGGGAAGGGUAGGACAGAUUUCAGGAAUGACUGUAGUGACAAGAAACCUACACAAGCAGCAGCGUGGUUACUCUGUCUGAGCUCUGUGAGCAGUUGUAGGAUGCUCAAGGGGUUGUGGGUUGCAGCAGGGUCAAGGAGACAGGAUUUCCUUUGCUUUCAGGCUGGGAAAAAACAAAUCAGAGAGAAGUGGAUGAAUGAACUGUGCUUUUGCGUUGCUCUAAACAGCUCUGGUGAGAAGCUGAAAUCCCAAAGUCUUUGCUCCGUUUGCCAGGGUGGCACUUGGUUUACACCAGCCUGGUACAGCCGGUGCCCUCAGGGUCCCCAGGGCUUCCCGGGCUGGACAGGCAGCCUGUGACAUGGGAUGGGGAGAUGCUGAAGGGAACUGCCUCCCCAGAGGUGUCAUUAAAACCACUUUCUUUGGGUCAAUCAGGUUGGGGGGGGGGGGGGGGGUAGUUUUUUUAGGAGAUGCUGGAAAGCUCACGAAAAAGGCAACCAUGGAAAAGGUCCCCCAGAGAGGGACCCUCCGCCUGCACAGCCAGUGCUGAGAGUGGAGCAGGGGCAGUGGGGCAGUGCCCAUCUGGGGAAGCUCUGCCCAUGCUGCCUGGUUGCAAUAGCUAAUCUGAGGAACAAUCACUGUAGGGUUUUUUGGGCUUGGAGAUGUUUUUACCCUUUUGUAUCUGGCUUUUCUGUAGCAGCCUCUUACCUAUUUCACCUCUUUGGUUUGGUUAUUUUUCGGGGUUUUAUUUUUUUGAGGUUUCUCUGCAAUUGUGAAACACAAGGGUCACCUGGAGCAGGCAAGUCAGCAGCCCGUGGGCUGGGGAAAUUCAGCUUUUCUGUCUGCAGGGAUUUAAACUCCUGAGUUUUGUGGUGGGUUUUGGUCUGUAAAAGUGGAGCUGCCCUGGUGCAGGCAGCCCCAAGCCCCAGGACACAGGCUGCUGCAAGCCCUGCUCUCCACCUUCCUGGGUGGUUUUUGCUGAUAUUUUGUUUUGUGGGUUUUUUAAUGGGGAAGGAAAUUAAAAACCACAAAACCAUGAGCAACAAUGAGUGCCUUGACCAUCUCCCAUCGGCGACGCCAGGCUGUGCCCGCGCUGGCGGCAGGGACGUGGCCGAUGUAUCCGGCAGUUGUACCCACUUCCUUCCUUGCACCACGCUGGAUCUUAGCUGGGAAGUGCUGCUGGGAGAGAGGAACACAUCCAGGCCACCGUGCUGGUGGCUAGAAAGGCCAAAUCCAGUGUGAUGAGGCUGGGCCAGCUCCUGUUGCAGCUGAGCAGGGCCAGGCCUGACAAUCACAGGGUGAGCGGAGACGCUGGGUACCAAACCCUCCGGCAGCACAGUGCUGGCAUCCAGUGUCAGGCGCGCUUGUGGCUCCUGGCUGCCCUGACAGUAUUUUUUUUUUUUUUUUUUUGCUAACUUCCUUUCCCCUACUCCCCCUUUCUCGGUUGUUUUAAUUCUUAUUAUAUUACUAUUUUUUAUUUAAGCUGUCCCACUAGGACUCGUGCCCACUCCCGUCUCCCUGGCAGGGCGGCCGCAGGCAGGCGCGUGCUGCACGGCCGGCGCACCACUGUACUGUACAUAGAGGAGAUGUAGGCACAGGCUACGGGCAGGGGGGCACGCAGGGACGAGGUGCCCGGGCUGGCCCACCUGGCAGAGGUUGUCUGCAUCACACAGUACCUGACUGACCACCUCCUGCCCCACUGGGAGAGGGGGACACCAGUGCUCCGACACCUAGGGCUAGGAGCAGGCAGGCAGCUUGGCCCGUAGCCUCUGUGUACAUGGGUACUUCUGCACACAACUGUCUUAAACCAACUGGUUUUUUUAAAGUCAAUAAAAAUCAU